AUGGCUGUCGCACCAAUUACUGGAAUGCUCCGACGAAACCUCGUCUUGGACCUCGGAAUCGCCCUCGGAACCGGUUUCGCCAUGGCCAACCUCUUCUGGUACGGUUACCACGCUCCCCGAACUGCGGCCCGUGACCAGUUCUACACCAAGCUCGAGGCCGAGCGGGCUGCGAAGCAGUAA